AUGUUGAAACGUUUGAAAAAUAUUUUUAAUGUAUCGACCGGUAACGAGACAAUUUCCUCGAAACAUUCCAAACAAAGCUUAUUGAAAAAGGCUCGUCUUUACAAAGAACAAACGCCUUUAAACGAAUGGAAAUUAAUCAAAGAGUUAGGUGAUGGUGCGUUCGGCAAAGUUUAUCAGGCAUAUAAUGAACAAAAGAAACAAUUCGCAGCUGCCAAAGUCAUCGAAGAUUGUACAGAUGACGAACUACCUGAUCAUUUAGUUGAAGUGGACAUUUUAACUGAGUGUAAUCAUAAGAAUAUCAUUAAUUUAUUCGAUACUUAUUUAUUUGAAAAGAAGUUAUAUAUUUUUCUUGAGUAUUGUACAAAUGGUGCUGUCGAUCACAUCAUUACCACACUUGAACAUGGAUUAGAUGAAAAACAAAUACGUUUCAUUGGGCAUGAAGUGCUCGAAGCCUUAGAUUAUUUACAUACACAACAGUUUGUUAUACAUCGUGAUGUCAAAGCGAGUAACAUCCUUCUCACACAGACAGGGCAAAUCAAAUUAGCUGAUUUCGGUGUAUCGGCAAAAAAUGGGCAUCAAAAUCAAAAACGAAAUGAUUACAUCGGAACGGUAUACUGGAUGGCACCGGAAGUGUUCUUUUGUGAGGCAAAUACGGAUAUGUCUUAUGAUUAUCGUGUUGAUAUUUGGUCAUUUGGAAUAACUUUAAUUGAAAUGGCUGAAAUGGAUCCACCACAUCACGAAGUACGAGCUGAACGUGUUGGUGCGAAGAUUCGUCAAGGGAUACCACCAACGUUAAAAGAUGUCAAUCGUUGGAGUAAAGAAUUUUCGGAUAUACUGUCAUGUUGCUUAAAACGUGAUCCAAUGGAACGUAAAACUUGUCAGGAAUUGAAACAACAUCCAUUCAUGUUAAAUACAAAAGAAUUUCAUUCGUCCAUCCUUUAUCUACUUGAAGAGUAUAAAGCAACACCGGUCGUUGAAGUCGUUGAAGAGGAAAUCGUUGCACCCGAGUCUCAAUCCAAAGAUAAUCAAGAGACUAAUACUCAGAAUAAAACGAUAGAGAACAAUCCUGCACAUGAUAAUGGCACGCUAGAUGAGGCGAAUGAUCUAUCAUCAUCAUCAUCUUUUAGUGAUGAACUUUCAGCACCAAUGGAAAAUGAAAAGAAAAAUUCGACAGAAUCGAAUGAAGCACAUUAUGAAGAUAUUGCAUUCCCUCCGCCACCAGUUGUCAAUGAAGACAAUCAAGAAACACUGGAUACUUCGAAUGGCCUACAUUUUAGUUUAUCAAUGACCAUAACUAAUGGACAAAAAUCUCCGCCAUUACCUCUAUUCACAUCGAACAGUAAUAGUACAACUACUACUGCUAGUAACAGCACUACGAAAGCUCCAAUAGUACUUACAACUCAAUUUCCAUCACAUAAUUCAUCUGAAAAGAAACCAACAUCUAUUCAAAGUGUAGCGUCUACUCGCCCAGUCGAACAGGAUGAUUUUCCUGUUCGUAUCGCUUCGAAUAUAUCGAUCAAUCGUCUAGAAAUGGAAGAUUUGGCUGAACGAAAGCUCAAUAAACUCUGUGAAUCAUACUACGACGAACUAUUAGAAGAAGUCAUUCAAUCGGAUUUCGAAAAACCAUCUAUUCCCGAAGUUAUUCUUUCGGUUAUCACCGAUCUCACUGCUGAUGAUGAAAUCGAUGAACAAGAAGAAGAAGAUGAUCUCAGUAUUGAUCAUCAACUCUACGACGACGAAGACAUCGGACCAGAAUUUGAAAAUGAAAACAAUAACAAUUCAAUUUAUUUCUUCAAACAACAUCAAGCAGCUGUAGCUCCAUCGUCAACGACCAAUACCAACGGGAACAUUGAUUAUUAUUACAAUAGUGUUCGACAAGCGGUUACCAAUGGGAAUAGUCCUGAUUCCAAUUUCAUCUUGAUACCAACAGUCAAUGAGGAGGCGAAUUCAUUACAAGCUCGAUCGAACCGUCGGCGAACGAUCCGAACAACAAGACGGUUUGUUGGACCUGAUGGUAAACAAGCCGAGAUUGUUACGACGAAAAUCGAAGAACCACAGAAUGAUUAUCAGUCACGAUUACUUGAACGGAAAGAAGCUCAUCGAGAAUUUCGUCGAUUGUAUCAUUUGGAAGAAAAACGUCGUCAGCAGUUAUUACUUCGUCAUGAAUAUGAAAUUGACGAACAGCGACACGAGUUUCGUCGUAAACGAGAAGAACUAAUGAGAAAAUAUGAGAUCGAAUUACAAACGAUCGAACAAAAGCAUAAAAUCGAGAUCGAACGAGAAAAUGUUCUUCUUACUAAUGAAUAUAACAAAAAAAUUAAACAGAUGAAAUCAGAACAAGAGAGAGAUUUCAAGCAAUUCCGCGAACAACUCCGUGAACAGAUCAAACAAAUCAAACGUGAAUACGAUUCAUCCAAUGACUCCCAACUGUCCAAAGAACAACUCAAACGCUAUAUCACUGAAAAAGAAGACGAAUCCUACUCACGCGAGAAAGAAUAUCUCGAGAACCAACAACGUCUUCUCAACAAUCAACUCAAAAACGUUGAAAACUACUAUGCACAACGUAUUGAUCGACUGGAAAAUGAAUAUCGUCUGAAAAAACAAAAUCUCAUAAAAACUCACGAACAGGAAUUGUGCGACAUUGAUGAACUGGAAUUACGCUCGCGAUAUGAACUACUACGACGACAGACCAAAGCGUUCUACACCUUAUUUCGAACGAUGUUAACCCAACAAUCAGAAAAGGAAAUCCAACAACUAGACGAUCAAGUACGUUUCGAACGAGACGCACUAGAAGCUCGACUUGCUGACGAUCGAAGAGAUUGGCCGAAACUAUGGAAGAAAACACAAAAAACACGAAGCAAACAAUUCCGACAACAGUUACUCAUCAACAAAACUCCACCAGAAGAAGAAAAACUUCUCAUUCGAAAGUUCGAAAAUGAUGAACACGAACGUUACCGAACCUACGAAGAACGUUUGAAAGAGAAACAUUACCAAUCGAUCGAAGCUCUUCAUAAUAAACAUCAAACAGCACGAAACGAACUGUUAGCGAUUCAACGACAAAAAUUAGAACAAUGUGUCGAAUUUGAAACACGAAAAUUACAAGAACUUCAAGCAACCUUCGAAAGUGAUUGGAUGGAAUUUCGAACUGUACAACAGGCGCGAACUUUAGAAUUUGAUGAAAAACUUGCUCGGGAAACAAUGAGAAAACGCGACUUCUACUUCGAUACUCCACCGUCAUCUAAUUUUGGAACGCUUCAAUGA